AUGCCGCGAGCGGCACGAUGCGUAGUGCCGAUCGCGGCGGCGCCGCUGAUGCGGGCGCUGGCCCUCGUUCUACUGCUGGUGGCGCCUGGGGUGCAGGGCCAGGGGCUGAUCGGGAAGCGUAGCGACCCUCUGGGCUCUACUGGCACUUACAAGAGCUUGAUGGAGGUUUACAAGGGCGCGAAGGCUCUCAUUGCGGACUACAAG